CCUACACCAAGAGCUGCCAGAGUAACGGGGAUUACUAUAGCCGCCGUCACUUACAGAUCUCCUGCAGUUCGGCAUUCUCAAAAACAGGGCUCGCAGACAUAAUGCAGUACGGAAGCCGCAACGUGUCCGCCAGGUCGUUCGCCGGGUUCGGGUCCAGCACCCGCCGGAGCGCCACCGCCAGCUCCAUGGCCAUGGGGCGCUCGGCCGCCCAGACCAGCUUCUCGGGGUACAGCAGCGCGGCCGGCAUGUCGGGGCGCGCCCUGGGCUACAGGGCGGGCGGGGGCGCCGUGGGCUACACCGGGGUGGGCUACGGCGGGGUGGUCGGCGGGGUGGCCGGCGGGGUCUCCAGCGUGGGAAUGAGCUACGGCGCGAGCUCUGCCAUGGCCGGCGGCGGCGGGAUCAGAAUGGGGCAGGCUAGCACCGUCGGAGGUGCAAUGGGGAUGGUGGGGGGCGGUGGCGGGAUCGUCACCUCAGGCUACCCUGGCGGGAGUUUUGGGCGGCCCGGCGGAAGCGCGCUGUACGGAGUGCCGGGAAUGCCGGGAGCGCCGUCAGACAUGGGGUAUGCCCCGUUCGCGGUGAACGAGAAGCAGCUCCUGCAGACCCUGAACGACCGUCUGGCCAGCUACCUGGAGAAGGUGAAGAACCUGGAGAUCACCAACCGCGAGCUGGAGGAGAAGCUGCGUGCCUUCACCAUCAACAAGGUCCAGAUCCGCGAUCUGCAGGUGUACGAAGACCAGCUGGUGCCCCUCAGACAGCAGGUGUUGGCUUUGUUGCUGGAUAACGCGCGCACCGCGCUCGAGCUGGACAACGCUAAACUGACCGCUGAUGACUUCCGAAUGAAGUAUGAAACUGAGUACAAUAUGCGGCAAUCAGUAGAAGGAGACAUCGCGGGACUGAAAGCCCUGAAGACUGACUACGACUUCAGUAUCCAGGCUCUGCGUCAAGAACUUCUCCUUCUAACCGACGAGCUCACACAUAUGAGGACGAUCCACGAGCAGGAAGUCAUUGCGCUGCGUAAUGAAAUGGCCGGUACAGUGACCGUGGACAUCCAGGCAGUUGAUACCACCAACCUCGCCAAGGUCCUCGAGGAGAUGCGUGCGGAGUACGAGACUGUUGUCCAGCGCAAUCGCCAGGAGGUUGAGGGCUGGUACACGAAACAGAUAGAGGUCAAGCAGGCUGAGGAACAGCAAAGCUCUGAGACAACUGUGACCACCAGCACGGAGAUCCUGGAGACGCGCAAGGUCUGCCACACGCUGCAGACGGAGCUGGACAGCCUGCGAGUGACGAAACUCACCCUGGAGGAGACCCUGGUGGACAUCGAGACGCAGUUCCAGAUGCAGCUGCAGCGCCUGAACAGCAUAGUGAUAGCCAACGAGAACGAGCUGGCCACCCUCCGCGACUCAGCCAUGCUUCAGGCCCAGGAGUACCAGACCCUUCUCAACAUCAAGAUGAAGCUAGAGAUGGAGAUCGCCACCUACAAACAGCUUCUGGAGGGGGCCGACGUGGGGGCAGUGAUCAUGGGAGGGGGCGUGGCCGUGGUCGCGGGUGCGGGCGCGGCUAUGGCUAUGCAGCAGGCCUCCAUGUCCAGUCAGUCUAUCAGCUCAUCGAGUGUGGCUAGCUCCUCCACCAUGCAGGCGUCCAGCGCAACCAGCGCAGGGGCCUCCAUGGCGGUGGCAGGUGGUGCUGUUGCCGGCAUGGUGGCAGGUGGUGCUGUUGCCGGCAUGGUGGGAGGUAGUGCCGUGGCACAGGCUGCUAGUAUGUCCACGGCAGAGUCCCACAGUGCCAGCUUCAGUUCAUCUCACACUGAAAGUUCACAGUCAUCUAGCGCCUCAUCAUCAGCAAUGCAAAGUGGUGCUAUGAUGGCUGGUGGAGCUAUGAUGGCUGGUGGUGGUGGCAUGGUGGUCGGUGGUGGUGCUGCCAUGGUGGCUGGUGGUGCUAUGGCACAGCAGGCUGCCUCUGCAACUGCGAUGGAGUCCCAUACUGCCAGCUCCAGUUCAUCUCAUACUGAAAGUUCUCAGUCAUCUAGCUCCUCUUCAGCAGCAAUGCAAAGUGGUGCUAUGAUGGCUAGUGGAGCUAUGAUGGCUGGUGGUGGCGGCAUGGUAGCCGGUGGUGGUGCUGCCAUGGUGGCUGGUGGUGCUAUGGCACAGCAGGCUGCCUCUGCAACUGCGAUGGAAUCCCAUAGCGCCAGCUCUAGUUCAUCUCACACUGAAAGUUCUCAGUCAUCUAGCGCCUCAUCAUCAGCAAUGCAAAGUGGUGCUAUGAUGGCUGGUGGAGCUAUGAUGGCUGGUGGUGGUGGCAUGGUGGUCGGUGGCGGUUCUGCCAUGAUGGCUGGUGGUGCUAUGGCACAGCAGUCCUCAGCAGCCGCGAUGGAAUCCCAUAGCGCCAGCUCUAGUUCAUCUCACACUGAAAGUUCUCAGUCAUCUAGCGCCUCAUCAUCAGCAAUGCAAAGUGGUGCUAUGAUGGCUGGUGGAGCUAUGAUGGCUGGUGGUGGUGGCAUGGUGGUCGGUGGCGGUUCUGCCAUGAUGGCUGGUGGUGCUAUGGCACAGCAGUCCUCUGCAGCCGCGAUGGAGACCCAUAGCGCCAGCUCCAGUUCAUCUCACACUGAAAGUUCACAGUCAUCUAGCGCCUCAUCAGCAUCUAUGGCUGCUGCGUCACAGGCUGGCAUGAUGCAAGCUGGUGGUAUGCAAACUGGCAUGAUGCAAGGUGGUGCGAUGCAAUUUGGUGGUAUGCAGCCUAUGCAAGGCUUAACGACCAUUGGUGGUAUCCCAGGUAUGCAAGUUGGCAUGGGACAGGGAACCGGGCCCGACAGUGCCUCCUCAUCUUCCUCCUCCAUGAGUGGCGGUGGUCCAAUGCUCGUGCCUGGAAACAUAUAAUUCCCUUCACCGGCCUGGAGUCGCCCUCAUUUCAGAACUGGGGCGGAAACCGACACCCUUUCAGGCGGCACCUUGCUCUCCAGUUGAACCCACAGGCUCUGGUUCUCAGAUCUGAAAUAAACUCAAGACUCCCAGCAAGA